AUGCCGUUCAAAAGCACCCAACCAGACAUUAACCUCCCCAAAACCACAACAAUAUGGACCUGGCUCUUCAACUCCCCCUCCUCCCCCCUCAACACCACCAAUCCCACCAACCUAGCAGGCUACACCAACGUCCACACCACCGAACGAAUCUCCUACCAGGACGUCAAAACUCACACAACACACCUUUCCACCGCCCUCGUCAAAAACUUCGACCUCCGUAAAGGCGACACCGUAGCUCUCUUCUCCCCAAACACAAUAUGGUAUCCGGUCGCUAUGCUCGCCGUGACCCGCGUUGCGGGCAUCAUAAGCGGUGCUUCCCCGGCUUAUAAUGUUGAGGAAAUGACUUACGCUUUGAAAACUGCAAAGGCGAAGUUCUUGAUGACUGUGCCUGGGAGUUUGGAUGUUGCGUUGGCGGCGGCGGAACGGGCGGGGAUUAAGAGGGAUAGGGUGUUUUUGCUUGAGGGUGAGAAGGAUGGGUUUGUAAAUAUGAGGGGGCUGCUGGAAAUGGGACGGAGGUAUGGAGAGGAGGGGCAAGUGGAGGCGUAUGAGUUGUGUGAGGGGGAGCGGAAUAAGGAUUUAUGUGCGUUCCUGAGUUUCAGCAGUGGGACUACUGGGUUACCUAAAGCUGUAAUGAUAUCCCACCAAAAUGUAAUAGCACAAUGUCUUCAAAUCCAACAAAUCACGCCCUCAACCCACAAAAAAGUCCUCGCCGUCCUCCCCUCCUUCCACAUCACCGGCCUCGUCCACGCCCUCCACCUCCCCAUCCUCCUCAACGCAGAAGUCUACAUGCUCUCCUCUUUCACCAUGAAAUCCAUGCUCGACACCGUAGUUCAGUAUCAGAUCGGCGAACUCCUGCUCGUACCGCCGAUUUUGAUACGUAUGGUUCGCGAUCCGAUCGUGCAGGGAUAUGAUUUGCGUUGUGUGAAAAGGUUUAGCUCGGGUGCUGCGCCGUUGAGUGAAGAGAUUUUGGGAUUGUUGGAGAAGAGGUUUCCGUGGACGGGGUUUAAACAGGGAUAUGGGAUGACGGAAUCGUGUUCGUGUAUUACGGCGCAUGAGCCGGAGAGGUAUGCGUAUAAAUAUGCGCAUAAGGUUGGAAGUAUUUGCGCGAGCACCGAAGUGAAAAUUGUGGAUGAGGAUGGAAAGGAGUUGGGGGUUGGAGAGCCCGGGGAGUUAUUAGCGAGAGGUCCGCAGGUUGUGAUGGGGUAUUUGGGGAAUGAAGAGGCGACGAGACGGACGUUUGAUAGCGAGGGGUUUUUGCAUACGGGUGACCAGGCAGUGGUUGAUGGGGAGGGUAUGGUUACGAUUACGGAUCGGAUUAAGGAGAUGAUUAAGGUUAAGGGGAUUGGAGUUGCGCCGGCGGAAUUGGAGGAUCUGUUGCUGGGUCAUGAGGAUGUGGAGGAUGUUGCGGUGUUGGGGGUUGAGGAUGAGUAUGCGGGGGAGAAACCAAAAGCGUUCGUUGUUAAGAAGAAGGGGAAGGGGGAUGAUGGGGUGGUUGGGAGGGAUAUUUUGAGGUAUGUGAGGGAGAAGAAGGUUAGGCAUAAGUGGUUGGUGGAGGUGGAGUUUUGUGAGGAGAUUCCGAAGAGUGCUAGUGGGAAGAUUUUGAGGCGGUUGUUGAGGGAUAAGGCGAGGAACGGAGAGAGAAGUGGAUUGGUUGUUAGAGAUGACGAGAGUGUUAGGGCAAAACUGUAA